AGACACGUCAUGGCUGAUAAUUCAUGCAUUGAGCAACCCAGCUAGCAAUCACUUUGUCUUCCCCGGUGAGAAAUUGGAUUCCUCCAAUCUGAGGGGGCUACAUUCCCGAGGGGCUAUACUCAUGCAGACCACACGCAUGCUACCGUGGCCUCCAGCUUAGUAGAGCAUCCCCUGGGUAGGGCAUACCUCUUGCAAAAUGAGUUGGCAUACAAGUGAGUCGGUCAUCGGGCUGGAGAUCAAUUUCAGGCGAAUAGUCUGUCCUAUCUGGUGAAUGAUGGUCAGGCAGAAUUGGGCUAAUCCCCGGAGUCGGUCCAUUCCCGUAUAAAAGAGAUGUGCUUGGCUCAUCAGAGUCCCGUACGUGCACACCUUGAAUGAUCUCUCCCCAACCAAUUCCGCCAUGUUGCUGAAAAUACUCCGAGACCAUGAUGACGCUCGAGUGGACAUCGUCUUCGUCCACGGCUGGAAAGCCGACGCCGACCAUCCCAGCUGGACCUCUACUCGAUUCAUCUGCUGGCCAGAAAAAUUCAUACCCGCAAAGGUCCCCGAAGCGCGGAUCUUAUCUUACAAUUAUGAAUGCCAGCUCAACGACUUCUGGACCGAAGAUGACGAUCUCAUCACGGAGCUUUCCAACGACAUGAUGGACCAGCUUAUGGAUCAGCGCACUAAAGGGGAUCAGGGAAACCGGCCCGUGAUCUUCGUCGCCCAUUGCUUGGGAGGCUUGGUUGUGGAGAACGCCCUGGUCCACGGAAGACAACACGACGAGCGAAAGACUCUCGUCGACUGCGUUCGGGGUCUCAUCCUCCUGGCCACUCCUCAUUACCAGCCCUCAACGUUGAGUCAAGUGAACAAGUACUUUCAGCUAGCCGGCGAGACACCCCUCAGUAAUGAGGAAUUGAUUCGACGAUCGAAGUGGGUGUUGUCCAUCCCACGAGACUUUGCACGGCUACGAAGUGGACAGUUGGAGAUGGAUUUUCUGGCUUUCUACGAGGGAACAGCCAUGCUGGUUGAUGGAGCGAAUAUCAAGAUUGUGGACAUGAGCUUGGCUAGGCUGCCGGGGGCACCGCCGGCGGAGCGGUUGGCGGCGGAUCACCUACACAUCACACAUAUCGAAGAUGGAGAGGAUAGGGACAUUGGGAAGCUGGUGAGGGUGCUGAAGAGGUGGGUGGCGAAGAUCCUGCCGCCGUCUGAGGAUGGAAAUGUAAACACGAAGGUGAGCAACGUGUCAAAAGCAUCGUUUGAUGGAUCGCAUAAUUAUGGGAUUCAGCUGGGGCAGAAUUCGGGGUCAAUGAGCGGGAUCAGGGUCGGGAAGUAGGUUGCAGGUUCUAGUAUCUCGGUCCUAAUAUGGACCUGGGUCGAUGGCGUGUUGUUAUGAGGUUUUCCUUUGAAGUACAAGAAGAUGACUGGAUGGAGACCAUGUGAGUGGUCGGGGGUCCAACUCAGGGCCCAAUUAUGCUGUCAAUCGGUCAUUUCCCAUUAGCUGUCGAUUGGUCCAUGCCAUCGCCUCCCCCUCACUACUAAGUGCCUUACCCGAAGAGCUGCAAGUGGUGCUGCGGUG